UAUUGAACGUACAGCGUGGCAUUCACGCGCAGGAACGCAGCAAAGCUGAGCACGUGCGCUUUGCGAAAACUGCGACAGUGUUUCGUUAUAGAACUGAACGAUGUACUCGUGUGUCUCCCUAAUACUUUUCGGUCUUUUCGCACAAGAAAUCAGGGGAGAAAUUCCUUCGGAAAACACCAGUGAAGGUGCCUUCUUUUCCUACAAUACAGAGUCUUCUUAUGCAGCAUUUGAGGCAUGGCGAAUACCUGGAGAGCUAUCAUUCCUUUUCAAAACUAACAAGCCCACUGCCAUUCUCGCUUACCAAGGUGACGGCAACUACAAAUACUUCGAUUUGUUCCUUGUCCAAGGAAAGCUCCGCGCGCGGGCAAGAUUUAACACCUGCAGACUAAGACAACUGAUAGUUGAUGGAAACUUCUCUGAUUCUCUUUGGCAUAGAGUUCGCUUGACAAGAGGGAAUGAAGAAGUCACCCUAACUGUGGAUGGAUGUAAAACAGAAUCUUCUCCCUGCCAAUUUGCCGCUUCUGUUUCACAAGACUGGAAAAUUCUCUACGUGGGUAAUAUUCCAUUGCAUACCAUUUCUCUUGAUCUGGCAAAUCCACAAAGCGGCGUCGAAUUAAUUGAAUUCCAGGGUUGCAUUGGUCAUGUGACUCAAACUACACCUGGACACAGUCCCAAGCCAUUAGCACUGCUUCAUAGCAAUUUGACUGGUGCCAACUGUCAGAGUGAAUGCAGUUCUGGCGGGAAAUGUGAUCCAAUUGCUGACGUUACCAUGAAAGAAUGCGAAUGUCCCGGAUACGGAAAUAGAGCAGUGACCUGCAGGCGUUACUUAGCCCUUCCCAAAGCGAAUUUCAGUGAUUCAGCCAAAGUUAGCGCUUCGCCUUUAUCUCCCUCAACAUCUCUGGGCUUCUCUAGCAAAAUCACGCCUACCGUUUUAUCCAAGGGCGAGAUGAUUGUGAAAGCCACGUCUUCAUCUAAAAUAAGUUGGAGGUCAAGCAUAACCCGUUUCCAGUCAGCGACGACGCAUGCACGAGAAACUCCUAAAGUGGAAGGGCAACAUGCCGACAAAGCAGUUGUGCGUCAUUCGCACUCGGUUCCAGGUCUCUUCAACCGUUCACAACAUCUUGUCACAACUCACACGAGCUCGCUUCCGCCAACAGUACUGUUCCCCAGCUCAGCAGGAGUUCCUCUUGGCAGUUCUGUCAAUGAUAAUACCUCGGCUGUGAUGGCAAAAAAGAACAGUGCUUUACUAAGUCUCGGAUCAUGGGUCUUCGUUUACUUUGCAGUGACUACGUCAAUUGCCAACACCCUUAUAAAUCUGUAAAUACUUCAAUAUUUGUGUGGUAGCUCUGCUCGUCUGAUAGGUUUUAAACAAUGGAUUUAGUAACUAAAUAACUUUUCAGCAAGAUGUACUGAAGCCGAAAAUUUUGAAGGUGAUUAAAUUCAUGGGAAGCAUAAUUCAAGUGAGGAUAUUGUCUUCGUGUCCGAAUGAGCCCAAACACCAAAGACAUUCUGAUACUCAUGGCCCAAUCAUGGAUGAGAUGAAUCAGUUUCAAACAUAUCUUUCUUUUGCUUGUCGAUAUGGUGGUAAUUCAAUAAUGUAAAAAAAACUGGAGUAUUUGUCUUGAUCCUCGAGAAAACUUGCUGAAAUGUCGCUGGUUUUGAUGUCGCUGAGCAAGAGAAGAAGUUGUCUGACGACCUCUUAUGGCCCAGAUGUGAAUGAACGAAAUUUGACAUUGUAAGAUCAGAAGUUAGGACGGGCAUUAACAUGAACAAGAAUUCUUCGAGGAAAAGAGAACGUCAAUAAUUAAAAAUCCUUUCGGUUGA